UGUUAGGGGUGAACCUAGGUUAAGAGGAGAUACGGUAAGUUUUGAUGUUAGGGGUGAACCUGGUUUAAGAGGAGAUACGGGACCUGGAGGAAGAGAUGGGGAUCCACAAGUGAAACGGGGAUCAAGAGGAACAAUAGGACGUCGUGGACUUCCUGGAGCACCUGGGGUCAAUGGAGAGCAUGGAAUUCAAGGACCUCGAGGUGAUCCAGGACAAACGGGACCAAUAGGAUCAAAAGGAGAAAGAGGAGCGAUAGGGAGAGUCGGAAAACAAGGAAUGAAUGGUAACAAAGGUACAUUGGGGGAUCCAGGGGAUUUAGGUCCAAGAGGUUUUGUCGGAAAUAAAGGCAAUAAGGGUUCAACGGGUCAACAGGGAAUUAAUGGAAGGAGAGGAGAUGAAGGUUUAAAGGGCUGGAAAGGUAGACAGGGUCCUAGAGGUCCACCAGGUCCACCUGGCCCUUCUGGUUCUGUAAGAGGCGUAGUUGGUGGAAUUCCUUCGUCCUCAUCGCCAACGAAAGCCAAAGCAAGGAUAAACCGCUAUUAUCAGUCUGUUUUUGGAGAUCUAGAAAAAAAGAAUGUUUCUCUCGAACAACAAAUUGUUUAUUUAUCUGGACAGACUUCAAACAUCAGAACACCUUUGGGGAGCAAAGAAAAUCCAGGAAGGACCUGCAAGGAUUUGCAUGUCUGUCAUCCACAACUCAAGAAUGGUUAUUAUUGGAUUGACCCGAAUCUUGGGUGUCCUGUAGACGCUGUCAGAGUUUUUUGUGAUUUCACAGAGGGUGGAAAGUCGUGUAUUUCAUCGUCUCCUCGUCAGAUCCCUCAACGAACUUGGUCACGUGGGAAGCCAAAAGUCCGGAUGCGAUUUUCUGACCUAUCUUCAAAUUUUACCUUCCGUUAUCCAAUAUCUAAAGUCCAGCUCAAUUUUUUGCGUCUUCUGAGUAAGGAGGCAAGUCAACGGAUUACGUACAAUUGUCGUAAAUCUACAGCCUGGUAUAACAAAAAAGAGAAAUCUUAUAAAUAUGGCAUCAGAUUUCUUGGAUGGAACGGAAAUAAAUUUAGGAAUAAAGGAAAACUAAAACAGAAAGUAUUAGGUGAUGGAUGUAAGGGUGACAGCAAUAAGUGGCGAAAGACGGAUUUCAUAUUACAAACGACGAGUGUUGACUCUUUACCUAUUGUGGAUUUUAGUUUUUACUAUAGAGGACUGAAGAACGAGCAGUUUGGCUUGAAGAUAGCACCCGUGUGUUUUUCGUGAAAUGAUUUUGAAGACAUGACUUUCAAGUCGUUUUGCUAAUUAUUUUGCAUGAAAUAUUUACAAGCCUUUGGUCUCAAGCGUUUGUAAUCAAUUUUCUGCUCAAUUCUUCGAUCAUGUCCGUGGCCUUGUGUCGUUUCCUACAGAAUUGUAACGAAAUUAAAUAUAUUACCGAUGUUUCGUGACUGAAAUGCAAUGCUAUUGUCGUAUCAUAUUUUAUGGUUGUAAAAAAUGCAAACAAACAAACAAACAUGUAUAUAUGCAAGUUAAUUAUAAUUUUUGAACAGUUCUA